CAGCGAGGCGGCGGCUAGAGCGGCCGGAGGGCGGCCCGGGGCGAGGCUGCUCCUCGCGUGCCCCUAGUGGUGGGAGAAUUAGGUCCCAGGCUCCACCCCAAGAGCUCACCCCGCUUUUCCAGCCUCCGGCGCUGGGGUCACCGCCCCCCAGCAGGGACCUGAGGGGGAUGGAAGCCUCUCCUACCAGGAAUAAGGAGAGAAAGGGGAGCGGGCUGUCUCAAGCUGCAACGUCCUUGAGUGGAGGUUUGCAGAAGCCUUCAUUAUCCCGUUCUGAGGAGUUCCUGACCCAGAUCAGCACAGAACUCACGGAUGAGGCCUUGUUUGUUGCUGGCUACCACGUGAACCCUGUGCCCACCAAGAAAAAACAGACACAAGACCAGGAGACUCAGAUAUACAAACAUGAGUUCUUCACCAAGACUCAAGGCACCGACACUUGCUCUGACAGGAACCAUACCUGCACCAGGGCACACCUUCUGCCAUCCCGUCAUGACCAGGGAGCUCUGCCUAGCAGCUUGACCUCUGGAGGAUAAUCCCAACCCCUUUGGUGCUGCUCUCGGCCUCUCAUGCCCUCCCCCGUUCGGCCCCUCUACAGCAUGCCUCAGAGCCCCUCUUUCACAGCUCAUUAAUCACUCCCGUUUGUGGGGGACUGCCAGUCAUGAGCAGCAUCACCCCUGCAGCCUCCGAAUGUCUGGAACCAUCACACACUCUCCCCUCUCAGCUGGCAAGGACAGCGCCUGGAAAGCAAGGCUUUAAUAAAGAGACAGAGAUCCUUCCUCCUCCCAACCCA